AGCUGAGUGACAGAGUGAGGGAGCAAGCCAGGGAAGGGAAGGGUAGAGAGAGCAUCGGCUAGAGGCUAGAGAGGCAGAGGGAAAGGGCAGAGAGAGCGUGAGAGAGAUAGAGCGUGAGCAAGUGAAAGGGUGAGAUAAGCAGAGAGAGAGGGGAGGGGAGAGGCAGAACAAGAGCAUCUCUUGCAUGCAUUCGGCUUGCAGCAGUUCAGGAGGCAGGCAGGCAGGCAGGCAGGCAGAGUUGAGAGGGAGAGCACCACUACUUCACUAAGGGGGGACGACAACACAAGUCUCUCUCCCUCUCUCUCUCUCUCUUUCACACACACACACACACACACGCACAUGCAUACACGUCAUGCGCACUUGUGAGGAGGCGUGAAGCUCAGGAGGAAGAAUACCACAUACAUACACACACACACACGCGUGCUUUGCUGGCUUAAUUGCGCUUUGGAGAGCUGUCUCUUGAAGACUGGACCAGAGCUGUAUCCAUCGCUCCAUCCAUCUGCCCUGCCUGCUUUCCACUGCUCCCAACACGGAAGCUGCCUUUUCAGUCUGUUCAUCUUUCGAUCAUUUUGGACUGAUCUGCUGUCUGUCAUUCAUCUAACCACUGGUCAGGCUGUUUUCUUUCUCUCUGCAUCUCUUUAUUAAUCUGUGGGUGUACCUGCGCUCACUUUAUCCUAACAAGCAAUCAAGAGACGCACUGACAGAGCAACUAACUGCCUAACUGAAAGACCAACCUUUCCACUGCCAUCAUGAACUUCCUCCGGCGCCGUCUCUCCGACAGCAGCUUCAUCUCUAAUCUUCCUAAUGGCUACAUGACAGACCUCCAGAGGCCUGACCCUCCUGCUCCCCCUCCACCCACUGCUUCCUCCCCUUCCCAACAGGGUGCAUCCACGGCGAUGGCAGCCAGCACUGACCAGUCCCCGUCCAAAGCUCCAGCCCCAUCCCAGGCACCGGCCAGCUCCCCCGCAGCUCAGGACCGCCGUUCAACGCUGCCGACACAGCAGUCUCAACAGGCCCAGUCCUCGUCCUCCUCCAGCGGCUCCUCUGGCUUCUUCAGCUCCUUCAGCUCCAUCACCAACGUGGUCAAACAGACGGCUGCGUCCGCCGCAGGGUUUGUGGAACAGUCGGCUCCCUCUCCCUCCCUCUCCAAGAAGUUCAAGAUCCUAUUAGUCAUUGAUGAGCCACAGCAUGAGUGGGCCAAAGUAUUUCGGGGUAAGAAGAUCCUUGGUGAUUACGACAUCAGAGUGGAGCAGGCUGAGUUCUCAGAGAUCAACCUUGUCUCUCACUCCAAUGGGACCUGCAACGUUGAUAUGCAGGUCAUUAGGAGCGGGACCAAAGUGGUCAGGUCAUUCAAGCCUGACUUUGUGUUGGUGCGCCAGCACGCCUUCAGCAUGGCCCAGAACGAAGACUUCAGGAACAUGAUCAUUGGUCUGCAGUAUGCAGGUGUCCCCUCCAUCAACUCACUGGAGUCCAUCUACAACCUCAGCGACAAACCCUGGGCGUUUGCCCAGCUGAUCAAUAACCAGAAGAGGCUCGGUUCAGAUAAGUUCCCUCUUAUUGACCAGACCUUCUACCCCAACUAUAAAGACAUGAUUACCACGCCAAACUUUCCAGUGGUGGUGAAGAUCGGACACGCCCACUCCGGAAUGGGCAAGGUGAAAGUGGACAAUGUGAGUGACUUCCAGGAUAUUGCAAGCGUGGUGGCCAUCACUCAGACCUACACCACUACAGAGCCCUUUGUAGAUGCCAAGUAUGACAUCAGAGUCCAGAAAAUUGGCACCGACUACAAAGCGUACAUGCGGACAUCCAUCUCUGGUAAUUGGAAGAGCAACACUGGAUCUGCCAUGUUGGAACAAGUAGCCAUGACUGACAAGUAUAAGCUGUGGGUGGACGCCUGCUCAGAGAUCUUUGGAGGGCUGGAUAUCUGUGCUGUCAAAGCCAUCUGUGGCAAGGAUGGGAAUGACUACAUUACAGAGGUUGUGGGUUCAUCUAUGCAGUUGAUUGGUGACCACCAGGUGGAGGACAGGCAGCUGAUCGCAGAGGUAGUGCUGGCUAAGAUGAACCAAGUCCUGGCCGCCAAGACAUCUGGUGCGACCCGCUCACCUGCUCGCUCCCCUCAGGGGCAGAAGCCCACCACUGCACAGCCCCAACAGACUGCUGCACUUAAGGAAGGAGUGGUGGAUCCAAACAGGACCCCGGGCCAACGGCCUCAACCUCAAGGUGCGCAAGUGAAAUCACAAAGCGUGGACCAAUCAUUGGAGCCAGCUAAGAAAGCAUCUGAACCAGUACCAAAGCCCAGCCAGGCCCAAAAACCUGGUCCAGGUCAAGCCCAGAAACCAGCCCAGGCUCAGAAGCCAGGCCCAGUCCAGAAGUCUGCCUCAGUUACAAAGCCUCCAGUGCAGAGGCCUCCCCCAAUGACGAGGGCACCAUCAGUCACAAAACCAGCCCCAGGUUCCUCUGCCACCUCAGCCAAAGCCUCACCAUCAUCCCCCACCCCAGCUAAAGCAACACCUGCAGCUCCAGGUUCUCCCCCAACCAAAGUGGCAGCUGCAGCCCCUGCUUCUCCCCCAGUCAAGGCAGCAGCCACAGCUCCGGGCUCCCCUUCAACUGCAGCUCCAGCCAAAGUUCCUGCCGCAGCCACUCCCCCAGCCUCAGCCCCUACCACAGAGCAGCCCAAGCCCCAGCCUCAGGUGUCCCCAUCUCCAGCUCCAGGCAAACCGAAAGAGCUGCCCCCCAAACCCACACCACCUGCGAAACCCAUCCCUCCUGUGCGCCGGAAUUCCAAGCCGCAGCUCCAGCCAAAGCCACAGACCCCACCCCCACCCAAAGCCAUGCCUAAACCCCAGCCAGAGGCCCAAGCCCCAGACCCAGUUCAGGCCUCUGAUACCCCUUCGGGCCCCACCCCAGCCCCAGCGCAGGUCCAGUCUCCCGCCAAAGCUGCCCAGUCUCCACCUAAAGUCCAGUCUCCAGCUAAAGCUCAAACGAAGCCAGCCACCCCCCCUCCAGCCCCAGCCUCAAACCCUGAGCCCACCCCAGCUGAAGCAGCUGAGGCCCCUGCUGAGGCCCAGCCCCCUGUGGAAGAACAGCCAACAGCCCAGCAAAAGAGCACCCAUCCUCUGCUGAAUAAGUCCCAGUCACUGACCAAUGCCUUCAACGCCUUCAGCGACUCCUCUUUCUUCCGUGGGGGCUCGAGCUCGGGGGGCGACGGCCAAGAGGAGGCCAAGGCCGAGACCAUUCGCAACCUCCGAAAGUCCUUCGCCAGCCUUUUCUCUGACUAGGCACGGCCAAGCAGUAGUCAGCCCCCUUUCGAUUUGGCCCCUACUAUUGGCCAGUGAUGACUUGAUUGACAUUUAAUGUGAACCAGUCUGAGAUUUAACUUUGUGUGUUAACUGUACUGUAUUGCCUCCGUCCCGGUCCCUCUUCUCAGCCCCAUUCCCCAAACUCCGCUUCUCUGUGUGUAAGUAUCAGUGAGGCCUGCUGAGUAGGAUAUUCAGUGAAUGGUUCUAUGCCAGAUUAUGGACUGAAGGAGUUACGUCAUUGAAAUAGAAUAGAAUAGAACUUUAUUUUUCCAAAAGACACUUGAGGAGCAUUUUCUGAGGUAUAUGAAGAGUAUAUAUACAAAAAGUAUACAUGAAAAGAGUACAUAUAUAUAUAUAUAUAAGACUACAUUACUACAUAUACAGUAUAUACAUAUGAUUACACAUUUGUAGUCAUAAGAUAUUAUUUUAAAUAUAUUGGGAGGUAAGCCAAUAUUUACUGCCAGAGGAAAAAAAAUCCAGUAGCACUUUUAACUCUGCUUUUGUCAGUGACAUAACUCUUUCAUUCUGUGGCUGGAUUUAUACAGAUAUUUUAAAUAAAAAUCUGACGCUGGAUUUGAUGGUUUCCCGCAUGGUCGUUUCACAGUGAAAAGUUUUUGUCGAUAAGUGAUGGAAAGUCAGUAAAAAAUAUUUCUUGAAAAAUAUUUCUUGAAACAAGUUGUAGCUGUGUAAAUCCAGCCUUUAUGUCUCUGGUCUUUGGCUACUGACUACUGUGCUCAUCAUUGCCAUAUAGUAGCCCCCCAUCCCCUUCGUCUAAAAGCCUUGAAGUGUGUCGUUGUGUGAGGGAGGUGGAUAUUUGUCUGUUCAUUUGUGUUCUUAUGCAUGGCUCCUCCAAGUGGCUCGGUGUGACUUUUGGAGCACAAGGGAGUUCUCUCAGUGUUGAGUUUUGCCCUCCGUUGCCUCUCUCUCUCUCUUUCUUUCUCUCUCUCUCUCUCUCCCUCUUUCUCUUUCUCUCUCUCUAGAUGUUGUAGCCUUAUUGUGAAGAUGUUGUUUUCAAUUCACAGCUAGAUUUGUUAGCUGUGCAGACCUGGGUCGAGUGCAACUUCAAAUCCAUUCGCUUACUUCGGUCGUUUGUGUUGUGUACUUGGAGUGCAAGAUUAAUUGCAUUUUUCUGUGCUUUCGGGGUUUCUUGGAUCAGCCCCAUUGUUAUCAGCCAAAAUAAAUCAAUUGCAACGAGUGACUGAAUGCAUUUCAGAUUGUAAUUGGACCCAUGUCUGUAGCUGUGACUGGUGAUUCUUGUUUCACCUCUGUGUAGAUCUAUCAGCAGUAGUGUGAUUUGUUGAUUAUUCUCAUAAAAAGACGUUGAGACAGUAGUGCAAUAACACCUCAACAUGACUGUUGAGUGCUGUCACCCUAUUAUAAAUAUAAAUAUGAUAAAUAUGAUCAUACAUACAGGUUCUCUAUAUCCUAUAUCUUUUCAGUACCUUACUUUCCCUUUAAGGGUCUUAUUCAGUGGCUGCUCUCCAGGUUGCCUUUUACUGCAGUCAGCAGCUGGAUAUCAGAUUACAUUGCCAUAAUAAGUUGCUGUUUUUUGCAAUCAACCCCAUUUAUAAUGUGGGAUUAUAAGAGUGAAGUUUAGGCAACCUGGAGUGCACCCAGUACCUUGAGUGGUCAUUUUCAGUUAAGUUGCCGCAUUUCAAGUUUAUAUGUGUAAAAGAAUCUCAGUGUCUCUAGCACUUACAGGACUGCAUAUCAACCCAUCAGCUUAUCCAUCAUCAAUACCAUGUUACAAGUAAAUGCUAACAUAUUGUAUUUGUAUGUAUGUAUGUGUCAUCUCAGGAGUUUAUUUUUUGUAAAAUAUAUCAAUUGAGUUAUUUAUUUUUUUGAGCCUCCAUAUUUAUGGUACAAUAUAUAUUGUUCGGUUUGUAUUGUGUUUUUAUUUGUAACGCAAUACUGCUUUGCAUGAUCUGGUGACUGAUGAUGUUUUUCUGUACAGAUAAAAGUUAAUAAAGAUGUGGUUCCAUCAUUCCACUAAUUCACUAAGUGAGA